AUGAACGGAACUACGGAUGAAACGCUAGACCUGUCUCCCGAAGACGCAGAACUAAAAGACCGAUUGGAUCUUCUGGUGGAUCGGGUGCUUGAUACAACGACGCGUCCGGCUGCGCUCAGUGCUCUCGGUGACAUCAUUCGCACUGCCACGUCGUCGCUGACUUCUGUACCAAAGCCGCUGAAGUUUCUGCGGCCUCACUAUGGUCGCUUGAAAAAACAGGCUCAAGAUGAACCAAAUGGUUCGUUUUUCUAUAACUUGCUCUCAGUGUUGGCAAUGACCAUGGCGGAGGCCGGCACCUUCGAGUGCUUGCUAUUCCGACUACGUGGCGACUCGAGUCUGCCUGUGGGCUACUGGGGGCAAGAAUACGUGCGCUCUCUCGUUGGGGAAAUUGGGGAGGCACUCGAAGCCGGGAAAGUGGAGCGAAAGGAACUGAAUCCUUUGAUCAGUGAAAUUCUAACCUACCUCGUGGAGAAACGCGCAGAAGUCGACGCAUGCGACUUUUGCCUCGAGAUCGGUGAACUCGAUCGACUUGGGCAACUCACGCUGAACGAUCGACUCAGCGAAGACCGGGUGUGCCAGUACCUGACCUCGUGUGCAGUCUACCUACCAGAACCCGAGAAUGAGAACGCUCUGCGAUGGGCACUGAACCUCUAUCUUCGAGCCAAUCGCUUCUCGAACGCGUACCGGGUAGCGAAGAUGCUUGGCGAUCCCUCGCUGGUACCUGUGGACCGAGUCCCACCCGGCCCAAUGCGAACUCAGAUAGAGCUCAUGCAAACACCAAGAGACUGGUCGAAACACUAUCGGGCAGUGGCGCAAGAUCUCGAAAUCCUCGAGGCGAAAACCCCGGAGGAUAUUUACAAGUCGCAUCUGGUGGAAUCAGGGAGGCGGCUGAGCACUUUGAUCGGCACUGUUCAUGUCGAUUCUGCACGAGAAAAUCUCGCUGCUGCUUUUGUGAACGGUUUCGUGAACGCGGGCUUUGGAUCGGACAAGUUUCUCACCAAUCCCUCCGAUGACGAGCGUCGUAAUUGGAUUUUUCGGAACCGAGCCCAGGGUAUGCUCUCAGCAACUGCCUCCCUGGGAAUGAUAUUCCUCUACGACGUCGACGGAGGCCUCGCUGAAAUUGACAAAUACCUGUAUUCACCAGAAGAAUUCGUUCGGGCCGGAGCACUCCUCGCGAUUGGACUCCUCAGCGGUGGUCGCGUCCCAGACGAGUGCGACGCUGCUCUAGCGCUGCUCGCAGAGCAUAUCGAGUCCGAGAACAACAACGAACGGUUGGCGGCGAUCCUGGGACUCGGCUUCGCGUACGCAGGUACACAGCGCGUGGAUUUGAUGGAGCUGCUGGCCCCCAUAUUGGUGGAUGUUAGCAGCCCUGUUGAUGUCGCGGCGGUUACAGCGCUCGCCGUCGGGCUAAUAUUUGUGUCGUCAGCGAACGCGGACUUGGCGUCUACGCUUAUUCAGGCAAUACAGGAUCGUUGCGUAGAUGUGCCCAGGGAAUCAAACACUACUGACGCCGCUGGCCCCGAGCCGAGAACGACCGAGCUCGAUGCCCCUGAACGAAUGGAGUUGGUAGGUCCGGUGUCUGAUCCGAACAACGAUACCGUUCCGGGCGCAGCCGCAGAGCACUCCGCAUCCAACCCAGAGGCAAGUCAAGAAACUGCAACAAGCACGAGCACCAACCAAGAGGCAGAGGCGCCAUCGAACGCGACAAAUGGCGGGCCCGCAGCGAGCGCACCGUCAUCGGGUGGAACCGGUAACGACGCCCAGAAUGAAGCUAUCUUUCGCCAUUCCCUGAACCGCUUAUUCCCUCUUGCACUGGGGCUGCUCUACCUGCACCGUCGCGGCCUCGCUAUGCAACCUGUACUGGAUGCGCUGCAUGCCAUGGGUGUGCAGGCCCCAUUUGUUAGUCAAUUGCUAGAAUGUUGCGCUUUCUACGGCACCGGCGACGUGCUAGCCUUACAGCGUUUCCUCAGUUGGGAAAAUGAGUUGAUGCCGCUAGCCGCAGCAGCAAACGCUUCUGGUGAACGUCUCAUGCAGCAAAUGCUGCUCCGUCUUUUUGAUCGAAUGUUGCAGCUCGGCUCCGAUACUCAACGACGGGUGGUGCCGCUCGCACUGGGGCUUGCGUUCGUUUCUGAUCCGCGCCUUGAAGUGGUCGACAUACUCAGCAAAUUGAGUCACGACGGGGACUCGGAAAUAGCCGCUGGUGCUAUUUUAGCCAUGGGCUUCACAGCGGCCGGCACCAACCAAGCUCGAGUAGCUGGUCUGCUGCGGGAGCUGUCUGCUUUUUACGCCGAGGAUCCGAGUAUGCUGUUCAUGGUGCGCCUCGCUCAGGGGUUAACGCACGCGGGACGCGGACUCUUGACCUUUGCGCCGUUCUCCGCGGAUGCCACUGUCGUGGAUGCGGUUGCAGCUGCAGGUCUGUUGACCGUACUGGUGCUCUGCCUUGGUGCCGGGUCCCUGCGGGAAACGCUUCUUGGCCGCCAUCACUGGUUCCUCUACGCAUUAGCACUAGCUGCUCGUCCACGAUUUCUCGUUACUCUGGACGCUGACACGCAACAACCAGUGCCUGUUCUCGUUCGUGUUGGCCAGGCGGUAGAUACUGUCGGUCAGGCGGGUCGUCCGCGAGGCAUCACGGGCUUCCAGACGCACACCACACCGGUCCUCAUCGGAGUCGGUGAGCGCGCUGAACUCGCCAGCGACGAGUGGGCCUGUUAUGCGCCAGUGCUCGAGGGUCUCGUUCUUGUGCACCGCCGCGAUCGCGUAACGGGCUCAGCGCAAAAAGCCUUGUAG